UCGAAACGAGCCGCCAGUCACGCGUCCGCUGUCCUUCUCCCCCCAUUUAUUUCGUGCCGCUGCGGUGCUGUCGCCUGGCCCCGUUCCCAAUCCCAAUCCAAUCUCAUCGCCAAGCAAUCACUCCAGCACUCCAGCCCUCCCCACCAGCGUGACCUCGGCAGUAUGGCGAGCCCGCAGUGCUGCGCGAACCCACCGGCGCUCAACCCCGCCGCCGGCGAGGGCAAGGUCGUGGACAGCUUCGGCGGGAUCAAGGCGUACGUCGCCGGCGCCAAAGAGUCCAAGGCCGCCGUCGUCCUCAUCUCCGACGUCUACGGUUUUGAAGCGCCGAAUCUGAGGAAGAUAGCCGAUAAAGUUGCUUCGUCUGGAUAUUUUGUUGUGGUGCCAGAUUUCUUACAUGGGGAUCCAUUUGUACCUGAAGACGCUGACAGACCAAUAGCAGUGUGGAUAAAGGAGCAUACCCCGGGAAAAACAUUUGAAGAGGCAAAACCUGUUAUUGCUGCUCUAAAGGAACAAGGAGCGUCUAGCGUUGGGGCUGCAGGUUAUUGCUGGGGUGCAAAGGUAGUUGCAGAGUUAGCGAAAGCUAAUGAGAUCCAGGCAGCCGUUAUGUCGCACCCUUCAUUUGUUACUGUCAAUGAUAUAGAAGAGGUGAAAUGCCCCAUCGCUAUACUUGGAGCUGAAACUGACGUAAUGUCCCCACCAGAAUUGGUCAAGAAGUUCGAGCAGGUUCUAUCCUCUAACUCAGGGAUUGCUCACUUUGUCAAGAUAUUCCCUGGGGUUUCUCAUGGAUGGACCGUGAGAUACAAAAGCGAAGACGCAGCUGCUGUGAAGAGCGCCGAGGAAGCCCUGGCGGACAUGAUUGACUGGUUCAACAAGAACCUCAAGUGAACCUAAUGAAUUGGCGGCCAUCCUUUUGUAAUAAGCCAGUGUCACUCUUCAGGAGUCACCACGCGAGCAUCCACGGUUUAUGUUAUGGUCUUAGCUAUAGCCUAUAGGGCAUGCGUCUUUGUCUGCUGCAGUCUGCUGGUAUGUGUGUGCUUGCUCAUUUUGGGGUCUGCUUGUGCUGAACACUGAAACUAUUGCACUCAGAUAAAAUGUGGUAUUUGCAGUUUUGUGA